AUGCCCAAGCAUACCCAAAACCAGCUUGAAGAGACGAAAUCCAAAUCACUUGAUAUCCUACCUGAAAAUUUAUUCAUAUGGUCCAAGUCUGGGUCUGAGUCUGUUUCCAACGAAGAUGAUUCCAAUCAAAUCGAUAUUGAUGCUUUACCAAUUGAUCAACUAAUCAGUGUAGUUCCCAAAUAUUUAUCGUUAACCCAAGAAUCAAUGUCUCAAACCGGUCUUAGAGGACAAUUAAUGACGUACGAUAAUCACCUGAGCCUAAGCGGUGACAAGGAGGUAACAGACGAGAAUGAAUUUUUGAAAUUAACAUAUACUGAAUCUGCCUUAUUUGCAUAUACGAAAGAUCUAUUUAAUGAUCCUUGGAAUGUGAAGAGAUUGCAGGAUGAGACGUUCGAUAGUCAAAAAUCUGAAUUUGACCAGUUGAUGAAUAGUCAAGAGGAUAGGGGAUUGAGAGGUAUGAUGAAAAAUUGGAAAAGAGGUGUGGAAAUGAAUUAUGAACUAAGAUGUCAUCGAUCAAAUUUGAAAUCACAUAAGGAAUUUGUUAGUCUCUUACCUGUCGGUACGGAUAGGGAAGAAAAGCUCAAGAGAGAGAAAAGUGAGAGGAUGAUGAGAGAUAGAUCUAGACAGAUUAGGGGAUUGGAAGAUAAGGUGAUCAAUAUGAGGAGAUCGGUUGAGAGAGAUAUAGAGAGGGUUGGAAACGGGAGUGAGGCGUGGGGAUGGCCUGAGGAUAUAGAUGAUUGGAGAGAUAUGUUAGAUCGGUUGAACAGAGAGGCGACUACUAAGCAAGAUGAUCCGGUGUUGACAAGUCCAUGCGGAGGAGCGAAUGACAUUGUGUUCGACAAGGGGGAAGAGAAGACGAUGGUGGAUCGGGUCUCAGAAGGAAAUACCACUGGACUGUCCUCUGGUCUGGAUAAAGCUCGGGAUAGUGGUCUUGAUACCAAUGAUGGAAAAACAGAAGUUCAUACCCCUCGGGAUCUUGGUGGAACAGCCCUUGGACCUCAAUUGAUUACCAGGAACAACAUGACUGAAUGGGAUCACGAAAAAGGGGGAUGGAAGAAGCCCUGGGAAGAGAAGAAAGGUGCCACAUUGAUAUCCGAGUCUGAAACAGCCGCGGACAACUCGGAUAACCAAGUGUUCACCAUAGUGAGCAAUAGAAAGGAGAAACAGAAGAAGAACAAAAUCAGUAACAACAGUGAACAGAGACAGCGUUGUCAAAUCGAGCCUAUGACAGGUAGGAGUGAUGACCUUUCAUACCGUGUCAAAACUGGUAAAUCAAUGGGAAGUCGUAAAACCCGAACUUCCACUGCAAGUAUGCCACCUACGCAACCUAUCUCAACCGCGCUCAAAGAGCACCCCGAGAUGAAUGCAAAUGACGACAAGCCAAACGACCUUGAUGAUCUGGUAGAGAUUGCUCAUGAUCAAUCCGAUCAAGAUACCGCAUCAUCCGAUCGUGCUGAUUUACGUGCCGUUGAGCUCAUUUGGAAGCCUGGCGUCGAAAAGUAA